GGACCCCCGAAUGUUGUUACGCAACAGCAGGCAGCCGUAUAUAAAGCCGGGCGGACGCUGCGGAGCGGAAUCUCUGCGAGGUAGCUGCUUCUUUUUACACCAAGAAUGCUGAGGCUCGCUGUGGCGCUUUGCCUUCUGGCGCUGUCCUGGGCACAGGAUUGCAAGGUAGAGAACAUCCAGGUCAAGCAGGAUUUUGACAAAACCAGGUAUGCAGGGACCUGGUAUGCUGUGGGAAAGAAGGACCCAGAGGGAUUGUUUUUACUUGACAACGUCGUAGCCCAGUUUAACAUCGAGGAUGAUGGCAGAAUGACCGCGACCGCAAAGGGCAGAGUCAUCAUUCUGAACAACUGGGAAAUGUGUGCCCACAUGUUUGCUACCUUCGAGGGAUCUACUGACCCUGCCAAAUUCAGGAUGAAGUACUGGGGAGCGGCUUCAUACCUGCAGACAGGGAAUGACGAACACUGGGUUAUCGACACCGACUACGACAACUACGCCAUCCACUACUCCUGCAGACUGCUCGACGCAGACGGCACGUGAUUGGACAGCUACUCCUUCGUCUUCUCCCGUCACCCGACGGGCCUGAGGCCAGAGGACCAGGCCAUCAUCACGCAGAAAAAGAUGGACCUCUGCCUUUUGGGCAAAUACAGACGCGUAGCGCACAACGGUUUCUGCGAGAACAGUGGGAACGCAGAGCCGCCUCAGUGACACCCUUCCUGAUGCUCCUUAUUUUCCUUUCUGCUGGUUUCAGAUUGAAUCUCAUCUCUUCCUCAACCCUCCCGUCUCAGUUUCUCUCAAAGGAGAGGAAGUAGUUUCCUUUUUUUCCCCCUCUUUUCUAAAUAAAUUAAAACUUACAAACUCCAAACUUUCACAUUUACUGUUGUUCAGUCAGCUCCCGUCUCCCCCCAAACAUCAGGGUUAUCUUCAACAGCUGUUGCACUUUUUUUUUUUUUUUUUCCCAGAACAGCCUUUUUGUUUGAUCACUGCCUCAUAAAGCGGAGUUAGAAAUGAUCACAAGUGGAAAUCUGGUAUGAUCCAAAUGUCUCCGAAUUCUAACAACUUCCUAGAAAGGGCUUUGAUUUACUAGAGAGGAACAGUCAUACAGUGCACAAGUACAUAUUUUUAUUAAACUGUAAUCUCCAGUAGUUGCUCUGUUGUUGAUAUGUACGUUUGAUCCAGUUUUUAAAAUAAAACAUUCAAACAUUU